UAGAUAGAUUAGCACGGUCAACUAAUAAUAUAUGCUUAAGUUUUAGAGUAAUCAUAUAAAAAAAAUGAGACCUAGGUUUUAUAUACGAUUACUAGUAAUUGGAAUAUUUAUCAGCUUCUUGUGUUUUGUGGAACAGGGAUACACGUUGCGAAUAUAUGAUAAGAGGUUAGAAGAUUUAGAAUUGAGAGUUACGGGAGGUUCCAAUGUAAAAAGAGGAGAGUAUCCAUGGCAGGCGUUGAUUUUAAUCAAAAAGAAAAAUCAAGCCACUGGUACAUUGACUUUAUGUGGCGGUACAUUGAUUAGCACAAAAUGGGUUAUAACUGCAGCACAUUGCGUUGAAAAUUACGCCAAAAUGAGAAUAUAUUUUGGAGUAUGGAAUGUUACAAAUCGUGUGGAAGUUGGAAGAAAAUUAUUAAGUGCAAAGAAUGUAAUUCCGCAUCCUUGUUAUGACGGAUCUCGGGAAGCAGCAUUCUCUGGCUCCAACUUGGCUCUUAUAGAAUUGAAUAAACCCAUUUUCAGCAGAAAAUCAAUUUGCCUGGAUUACGAUUGGUCUCGUGACUGGGCAGACUUGUCGUUGGGUAGAUCUUUAGGAGGCUGUAUUGCUACUGGAUAUGGUGUCACAGCAACGGGAAAAGACGCAGAAAUAUUACAGAAAGUUGCAUUUUCUACUGUGUCAAUGAAAACGUGUGCAAGUUAUGGAGGAAUGUCAAGAAAUAGUGAAAUAUUGUGCGCUUCUGAUGAUAAAGUUACUGGAAGAGACACUUGCAAAGGUGACAUGGGUGGUCCACUAGCUUGUCCUACGUCACGAUCUGGAUGUAACGGAUAUUACUUAGCUGCGGUAACAUUAGCCGGAUCUUCAAAAUGCGGAGAAGAAGGAAAACCCGGAAUUUAUGCAGCCCUAGCUCCAAACUUGAAAUGGAUAAGAUCAGUGAUGAGCCAAAGAAUUCGACGAAAUACCCAGCCAAAAACGCAGGCUUACAAUUGCGUCAAGCACAUUUUGAAGCAUAACAACAGUCAUUUAGGAUCAUCAUCAUCUAUUGUGACGAGUGUUCCAGAAUAUCUCGUUUUGAGAGAUCUCAACGUCAAUGGUAUUUGAAUAAUGAGACACAAUUGUCAUAUUCUACUGUCAUUUCGUAUUAAAAAUAAACAAUGCUUAAUCCGAACUUCGUUUUGUGAACCACAAGGAUUGAGCUUCAUCGGUGAAUUCAGUGAAAACUGACACUUCGACAAAAAUGACAAAUUUAGUCAUUGCUUUUAAAAGGUCUUCAACGAUCAACAAUCAAUCAUAGAAGUUCCUUCGCUCCAGUUUCAAUGAUAUGACAAAAUCGUAAACAUUUCUCAAAUAAUACGCUGCUCAGUUUGACCAAAUUGUCGAUUUAUGUUCUAUUUUGGAUGGUUUAACCAUGCAGCCGUUUGUUAUUUUACGAUUGAUAAAAUCGAAACAUAAAAAACGUCAAAAAAUAACUGACAAUUUUUAUUGCAUCGAACAAUUUCCUCUAUUAAUGAAUAUCGUAUAUAUUUGAAAAAGUGUUUGCUACAUCAAAAAGGAAAAUAUUUUGGACGUAAAUUUUCAUUGACGUUCCAUAAGAAAUACAAACGAAUUUUCUAUAGUGUAGGCUACCUUUUUUGAAAAAAUGUCUGUUUAUAUUAGAAUUGAUGUACAUUCUUCUAUUACGAAAAGGCAUAUUUUCCACUAAAUCUCAAAGCGAUUGAGAGAUUUUUAUCAAGCUAACUUACCGAAUUCAAAAAAAUAAAAGUAUGAAUAGCCAUGUUUAACAAUUCGGAGUUUUUGUGUAAAAAAUGGAAGAAUUAUAUCUGACAUUGUGUAAGUUACUGAUACAAAUCGUGAAUAUCAUUCAUUUAUUGGAUAAUCAUUUGGAAAAUUAAUUUGAAAGUUAUAGAAUACAUUCCUGCGCACAUUGUUUUCGCAAUAAAUUGUAAAUGCAUACUU